UUUUACUUACAUUUUUUAAUGCAAACUUGGAUGAUGUAUAUAUUUGUCAACAACUGAAAUCCUCUCUGAAGUGAGACAGCUGUAAAAAAAUGAAUUCAUAAGAAUUUAAAACUCAAUGUAAGCAAAUGUGUUUAGUCUUACAGGCUCUUUUCUGUGUGGGUAUGUGUGUGCUUUAUGGCAGCCUGAUUUUUCUACAUUACACGCAGCUUGAUACAUCAAAAGAAUUCUUCCUCUUUAUGGAAUAAUUUCCAGAGAACUCUUCAAAUAUUAAAAUUUAAGAAAACGUGUUACAGACACAAAAUAUAUUGGCCAACCAGCCAGCAUUCUUUGCAUAACUCUCCCAUUUUAAAUGGUUUUCUGUUCUUCAGGUUAACCAGGCAGAAAAUAAUCUCAAGAAGGGGUUAAUUUGUUUUUAACACUGAUUAUAUGCAGCCUGGACCUCUUGGAAAUGCCAUUGGGCUUAGGACUUGGGCAGGACAAAAACCAGACAAACGAGUUGUCAGGAGACGUAGAAGAAAAACGUUAAAACUUUGAUUUCUGAUUCAGGAUGUUUCCUGAAUAGAGUUCAACAAAGGGGAAAAGUAUGCUUCAUAUCACCCAUCUCAUUUGCAUCGCAAAAUUAUCUGUUUACUCAAUUACGGUCUGAAAACUUGUCUGAUCAGUCCUCUGCUGGAUGAAUCAGGAAAUACAGAUGUCCACUGAGCACAGGCUCUAGCUGGAAAGACAAGACCAGCUCAUGGGAGUCAGCGAUUAGAUAUAUACACACAGGCUGAGUUUGUAUGUAAUGGAAUCAUACCAAGCAACCUAAGACUUAAAACCGUAAAUAGAUGAUGGCUGAGUUCUAUGAUAAAAACCAUAAGUACACAAACGCUAUCAUUUAAGGAGAGAUCACAUAAAGUAGAGGCUAAAAUCAUGAAUAUUGGAGGAAUGUAUCCAUUUAACAGCUAUUUCUUGAGUGCCAGUUAAUGCCUAUUUCUUGAGUGCCAGUUAAUGCCAGACAUUGUUCUAGCUCCUGAGGAUUCAGCCGUGAACAUCACAGACCAGGUUCCUGCUCUCAUGGAGUUUAUGUUGCACUGAUAUAUGGUCCUGCAGAACAGGGGUCAGCAGAACUGGCUUCAGCUAGACCACCGAGUCCUUGACCACGAUUUACCCAAGAAACCAGGCCCAACCAUCUUAUACUUCUCUGUGAGGUUUUACAUUGAGAGCAUAUCGUUCCUGAAGGAUAAAACCACCGUGGAGCUGUUUUUCCUGAACGCAAAGUCCUGUGUGCACAAGGGGCAAAUCGAAGUAGACAGCGAAACUAUCUUCAGGUUAGCGGCACUCAUUCUACAGGAAGCCAAAGGGGAUUAUACCAGUGAUGAAAAUGCCAGGAAAGAUUUAAAGACACUUCCAGCUUUUCCAACCAAAACUCUGCAGGAGCAUCCCUCCCUUGCUUACUGUGAGGACAGAGUAAUUGAACAUUAUUUGAAAAUCAAAGGUCUGACUCGGGGUCAAGCUGUCGUUCAGUAUAUGAAAAUAGUAGAAGCUCUGCCAACCUAUGGAGUCCAUUAUUAUGCAGUAAAGGAUAAACAAGGACUUCCUUGGUGGCUUGGAAUCAGCUAUAAAGGAAUUGGCCAGUAUGAUUUGCAAGAUAAGGUGAAACCUCGUAAAUUAUUCCAAUGGAAACAGCUGGAGAACUUAUAUUUCCGUGAGAAAAAGUUUGCUGUUGAAGUUCACGAUCCACGGAGGAUUUCAGUAUCCAGAAGAACCUUUGGGCAGAGUGGCCUCUUUGUGCAAACGUGGUAUGCGAACUCCUCUCUCAUCAAGUCCAUCUGGGUAAUGGCAAUCAGUCAGCAUCAGUUUUACUUGGACCGGAAGCAAAGCAAAGCAAAAAUCCCUUCAGCCAGGAGUUUAGACGAUAUCGCAAUGGACUUGACGGAGACAGGAGCACCAAGGGUCUCCAAACUGGUGACACUUGAGGCGAAAAGCCAGUUCAUUAUGGCAAGCAACGGCAGUUUAAUUUCCUCAGGUUCUCAAGACUCAGAAGUCAGUGAGGAGCAAAAGAGAGAGAAGAUCCUUGAACUCAAGAAGAAGGAAAAACUGUUGCAAGAAAAGCUCCUGAAGAAAGUUGAAGAGCUUAAGAAGAUCUGUUUGCGGGAGGCUGAGCUCACAGGCAAAAUGCCCAAGGAGUAUCCUCUGAAUGUAGGUGAGAAACCUCCUCAGGUCAGAAGGCGUAUAGGUACCGCGUUCAAAUUAGAUGACAACUUGCUGCCAAGUGAAGAGGAUCCUGCUUUGCAAGAACUGGAGAGCAAUUUCCUAAUACAGCAAAAGCUGGUUGAGGCUGCGAAGAAGCUUGCCAAUGAGCCCGACCUUUGCAAAACCGUGAAGAAAAAACGAAAGCAAGAUUACACGGAUGCAGUGAAAAAGCUUCAGGAGAUUGAAAAUGCUAUAAAUGAGUAUCGCAUUAGAUGUGGAAAGAAACCCAGCCAGAAAGCAACAGUUAUCUUACCAGAAGACAUCAUCCCAUCAGAAAGUAGCUCCUUGUCUGACACUACCACCUAUGAUGAUCCCAAUGAUACCUUCACUCUUGCUGGGCAGCGAUCAAGUUCAGUACCUCAUUCUCCACGAAUUCUUCCUCCCAAGUCUCUCGGUAUUGAGAGAAUCCAUUUCAGAAAGUCAUCCAUCAAUGAACAGUUUGUGGAUACCAGACAGUCCAGAGAAAUGCUGUCCACACACAGCAGUCCUUACAAAACUCUGGAGAGACGGCCCCAGGGAGGACGGAGCAUGCCCACCACCCCUGUUCUCACCCGGAAUGCCUACAGUAGCAGCCAUUUGGAACCCGAGCCUUCAUCUCAGCACUGCCGCCAGCGGAGUGGAAGCCUCGAGUCUCAGUCUCACCUGCUCUCGGAGAUGGACCACGAAAAGCCAUUUUUCUCCCUCUCCAAAUCCCAAAGAAGCAGCAGCACUGAAGUCCUGGAUGAUGGAUCUUCCUACACCAGCCAGUCGAGCACCGAGUAUUACUGCACCACGCCCGUGGCCGGCCCCUAUUACACCACCCAGACGCUGGACACUCGCUCCCGGGGUCGCAGAAGGUCCAAGAAACAGAACGCCUCGACUUCCAAUUCGGGAAGCAUGCCCAACCUAGCACACAAGGAUAGUCUGAGGAAUGGCGUCUACCCCAAGAGUCAGGAGCAGCCUUCUUCCAGCUGCUACAUUGCCGGGUACACGCCCUACGCGGAGUGUGACCUCUAUUACGCCGGCGGCUACGUCUACGAGAACGACACGGAGGGACAGUACAGUGUGAAUCCUUCCUACCGGUCGUCUGCCCACUAUGGAUACGACCGCCCAAGGGACUGCAGCAGGUCCUUUCACGAGGACGAGGUCGACCGGGUGCCCCAUAAUCCGUACGCCACACUCCGGCUGCCGCGGAAGGCUGCCGCCAAGUCAGAGCACAUCACCAAAAACAUCCACAAGGCCUUAGUGGCAGAGCACCUGCGAGGCUGGUACCAGCGGGCCUCUGGGCAGAAGGAGCAGGCCCACAGCGCACAGACUAGCUUUGACUCAGACAGGGGCUCGCAGAGAAGCCUGGGCUUUGCCGGGCUGCAGGUCCCCUGUUCUCCCAGCAGCCGUGCGUCUUCCUACUCCUCAGUGUCUUCCACAAAUGCUUCUGGGAACUGGAGGACCCAGAUAACCUUAGGGCUAUCCGAAUACGAGAUCCCGGCACAUUCUUCCUACACCAGCUGCUAUAGCAACGUCUAUAAUCCUUUACCCUCUCCAGGCAGGCAAAACCAAGGGCUUCUGUCCCGGAGAAUGGUUGUGUCUCCAGAAAUGAGAUCAGUUAUAAAUUCUCUUUUAAGUGUAGCCUGCUGUAGUAAGUACAGUGCCUCCAGACCGUGUGUUGCUUCUUGCAUAGCAGGAGCUUUGCCUGUCCUGACUGGUGUGGAAGUUACAGAAAUCUGCUUUUGUUUUUGUGUUACCAAAAAAAAAGAAAACCCCACUAAAUACCUGGCUUUGCAUAGUGUCUCUUUCCAAAGGACUUUUUAUUCACCUGUACUAAAGGACAUUGAGAUUUAAAAUAAAAAGAAAACUACUAACUAUCUAACCUAUUCUAACCUCCUGUUACAGGAAUGAGGUUUUGCUUAUUGGAACGGUGUGUGUAACAGGAUGCCCUCAUUUGGAUGUCUUUAAUACCUUCCAAAUGGGCCCGUGAUCUUAUGUGAUGCUGUUUUAAUUUACACCUGACCCAUACACCCUAGGGAUGUAAAAUGUCCCAAGGUACCCUUGCCUCCCUUUAAAUAUAUUCCUUUGUUUCCAAGAAAAACAUCUAGUAUAUGUCUCUUAAUUUGAAGAAUGCUUAAAGGGUGACUGUCAAAAACACUUCAAAAAUCGAAAAUACUACUCUAACACAAACAGAAAAUGAGCGUAUGUGAAAGAUUUAUUUAACUCCUUCAUGAGAGAACUAACAGAAUGGUAAAGCUAUUCCCAGAGAAUUCAAAAGACUGAAUUUCACACACCAAGAGAGAGAGUACCGAGAUAAGAUUCCUGCAGUUGACACAAAAGCAGUUAAUAUCCUACUGGGCAAUAAAACUAUGACCAUAAUCUUUUUACUAGACAGAGGGUUACUGUGUAUUUCUUCUGUACAGAACCCCCCCAAGUUAACAUGUAACUUAAUCUUGGUACUCAUCCAUGGUAAAUGAAAGUUAGACAAGUCUGUCUCUUGGGAGUUUCCUGGCAGUCCAGUGGUUAAGAAUCCACUCUGCAAUGCAGUGGAUGUGGGUUAAGAUCCCACAUACCAUGAAGCAGCUAAACCCACCUACCACAAAUACGGAAGCCCGCACGCUCUAGAGCCUGUAUGCCACAACUGGAAAGUCCAUGCCCACAGUGAAGGAUCCUGCAUGAUGCACCUAAGACCCGAUGCUGCCAGACGAAUAAAUAAAUAUAUAUUUUUUAAAAAGUCUGUCUCUCAAGAGAAAUAUAUACUCCUUGCAUGGGCCUGUUAGACCAUGUUCUGGUAUGACAUUGAAAAAAGCGCACAGUCAUCCCUUGCCUUAUUUUGGAGUUUUGAACCGUUUUCUUAACUGUGUUUUCUACUAAUUUCUUUGAGUGUAGUAACCUUUGUACUCUGGGAACAAAAAUAACCCCAAGGUGCAACUUU